UCUGUAAGAUUGCUUGAAGGUGGUAGGAUGAGGAACCUAUUAAUAGUUCUUAACUGGUUGAUACAGGUCAUGAAGAUCAGCAAAUGGAUAUCGACAACCUUUCUUCUCCCUUUGGCUCCAUCUCCAUCAGUGUGCCAGAGAGGGUCACCGACAUUGAUGACCACGAUGACCUGUUCUUCAGUCCAGAGUACGCACAGGACAUCAUAGACUACAUGCAGGCUCGUGAGAACCACUACACUCUGAGUGAGAACUUCUUGGAUGACAAUCCUGAGGUGACAUCGCAAAUGCGUUCCAUCUUGGUUGAUUGGUUAAUCCAAGUUCAGAGUUAUGAACAACUUGAAGACGAGACGGCGCAGCUGACCGUUGCCCUUGUAGACCAAUACCUGGCGCGCGCUCCGGUGCCACUACUGCGCCUGCAGCUCUUGGGCAUCACGUGCGUCUUCAUCGCUGCCAAAUACAUCGAGCGAUUUCCGCCUCUGGUGAGCUAUCUGGCACAAGUAAGACAAAGGUCUUGUUCGCGGCAGGUGGAGAACCUAUGUGCACUGACAGCAGGUACCUAUGUGGCUGAGGAGGUACUGGCCAUGGAGCACAAAGUGUUGAAAUGUCUCAUGUUUGACGUGUCCAUGCCACUUCCAAACUUCUUCUUGGCUAGGUAUUUCCGUGUACAUCUUCACGAUGUGAAGAUCAAGAACUUAGCUUGCUACCUCAUUGACCUGAGCCUUCCCAGCGUUCACGUGGUACCAGUGGCGCCCUCUCUCUUGGCUGCUAGUGCACUUUGUCUGACACGGAAACUGCUGCUCCCUCAAGAGGCAGAGUGUUGGACGCCAGCACUUGCAUUUUACAGCAAAUACAGCGAGAAAGACUUGCUGCAAACUGUCAAACUCCUGGCCAAGAUCCUGCUGCGAGCUCCAGACUCCAAGUACCAGGGCGCACGGAGCAAGCACUCGGACCCAAGUCGACUUGGUGUCAGCAUGGAACCGUUUCUGAUCGGUCACCCGGUACUUCUUCAGCUUACAUCUGAGAAGUGAGGCUCGGACACAGGUGUGCGGGUUCUAUGUUCUGAUGAUGGACAGACCACGUGAGCAAUGGCUAAGUAAUUUCUGCCUGAUUAUUGGAGUUUUGUCGACAAUCACGUGCAUUGUAUUGGUGGCGUUGAUGGAAGGGAUGAAUCUUGAUUACUACUGUUCUAGUCAUGACACAUUGGAGAGAGUGAAGUGCCAUGAACUCUUGCUGGCAGAAGCGAAACUUUGGCUCUUUCAUUACCGAUUUUAACGCGUUUGCGUUGAUGUUCCAGAACUUUACUAGGAAUGCGUUUU